AUGCAGCUGGAGGGAGGGGGGCACCAGGAGAUGCCAGGGGUUGAACGGUCAAAAGUAGAGGACCCAGGAACCAAGGUAUUGGCAGUACCUGGCCCAGACUCUGAACCGCGGCGUUCCUGGGGACACUUGAAAGCCAGCAGGCUGGUGCAGCUACGGCUCUACUGCGAGGCGCGGCUCCGGGAGGAGCGUGAUGGCUGGACCCGGGCGGGGGCUGUGGGCGCUGUGGGCGCCCCCGACUACGCAGCCUCAAAGGCUUACAGCUCCAGAGGCGCGCUGGAGGAGCAGGGCGGCCAGUCCCCUGCUGCCAAGGGAAUGGACAGUUACGCCUUCUUCACCGAAAGGGAUGGGACAGUGCCCCCCAGAGACGAAGGUGAGGAGUCUGAGGGCCCCCUGAGGGAGCAGAGCCUGAAGGGGACCUACAUCCAGCUUGUCCAAGGAGUGCAGGAGUGGCAGGAUGGCUGUGUCUACCGAGGGGAGUUUGGGCUCCACAUGAAGCUUGGAUAUGGUGAAUUCUCUUGGCCCACGGGUGAAUCCUACCACGGGCAGUUUUACCAGGAUCACUGCCACGGCUUGGGCACCUACAUGUGGCCUGACGGCUCCAGUUUCACGGGCAUGUUUUACCUCAGCCACCGAGAAGGCUAUGGCACCAUGUACAUGAAGACCAAACUUUUCCAGGGGCUGUAUAAAAUGGACGUUCGGUUUGGGCCGGGCGUGGAGACCUACCCCGAUGGCAGUCAGGACGUGGGGCUAUGGUUCCGCGACCAGCUCAUCAAGCUGUGCACGGAGACUCCCAGCAGCUUCUCCCUGCUCAACUUCCCGGAGUUCUCCGCCUUUCUCGGGCCCUCGAGAGAGAGAAUCAGCCUCUCGGAUGAGCAGAAGGCUGAGUGGGGCCCGCCCGAAGAGCAAGACCCCUUCUUCUAUGAGUACCAGCGGUUCCUCCUGAAUGACGACCUGGCGCUUCCUCCAGAGAUGCACGUCUACUCCACCGACCACAGACACCUGCCGCUGACGGCCGCGCUCGCCAGGGAGCUGGACGCCCGCGUCUUCGCUAACGAGAUCCCACCGUUUAUUGAGGAUGGAGAACCCUGGUUUAUCACAAACCAGACUCCAUUGUUGGUCAAAAUGCAGACGCAAACUUACAAGUUCAGGAACACGAAGGCUCACACCAGCUGGCACAUGGAUGCCAUCCUGGAAGGGCAACGCGAGGGCUUUGCAUGCUCUGGACCUAGGGAGCGGCUUUCUGAAGAGAUGAUCCUGAAGGCCGAGGAAGGGGACCUUGAUUGGAUCUAUGGAACCCUGAAGGACGACCUCGUCCAUCCCGACGUGGCCGACGCCAAGGGCUACACUGUGCUUGCGGCUGCUGCGGCACACUGUCACAGCCGCAUCGUCAGCCUUCUCCUGGACCUCGGGGCAGACGUGAACAAGCGCACAGACGAGGGCCUCACGGCGCUCAGCAUAAGCUUCCUCCUCUACUACCCCAGUGGGUCCUUCAAGCCCAACGUCGCCGAGAGGACCUUGCCCCAGGCACCUCCCAAAUGCCCGGUCACCCCAAGCUGUUUUCUGGAUGUGAACGUGGAGUCUGUCCAUGAGGCCAGCAUGCCCGCCCGGGGCCUCGAGGAGGGCAGCCUGUCCCCGAGUGCACAGCCGUCUCCAGAGUCCCCAGGCCAGCAGGGCAGCCCUCCAAGGGAGGAGUCGCCCACCAUGCAGGGCAGCGCCAGCGACAGGGACAGAGAGCUGGGGGAGAAGGCCGAAGACCUGGGUGUGUGCACCCUGAGCAGCGAGGACUCCAACUUCCAGUCCGUGGCCUGUAUGUACAACUACGCCCUCCGGCUGUCCAGGGAGGUCUUGGAGAGGAGCGCCCAGGCCUACAGCUUGCUGCGGGUGCCCUGCAUGGACAAGGGCACCGUGCGGAGGAUGGCACAGGGCAUGAUCAAACAGAGAAACCGGUGGCUGACCAUCCAGCUGCUGCUGCGCCGCGGCGCUGACCCCAACCUGUGCAGCGUGCCCAUGCAGGUGCUGUUCCUCGCGGUGAAGGCGGGUGACGUGGACGGCGUGAAGCUGCUGCUGGAGAAGGGGGCCCGCACGGACGUCCAGUACCCGCCACAGCUGGGGGCGCUGACCCCGCUCCACAUCGCUGCUGCCCUUCCAGGGCAGGAGGGGGUCAGGAUCACAGAGCUGCUGCUGCAUGCCAUCACCUGUGUGGACGCCAAGGCGGCUGAUGAGGACCACACGUACAAGCUCAACAGGAUGGACCUGCCACCCUCAAGCCUGAAGCUCACCAAUGAGCCAGGCCCACCCAGCACCUACUAUACCACGAACACCUGCGUCCCCAUAGAGGGCGGCAGGACAGCUCUGCACGUGGCCUGUGAGCGGGAGGACAACAAGAAGUACGCCAGGGACGUGGUCCAGCUCCUGCUCUCCCAUGGAGCGGAUUCCAACCUGCUGUGGAGUGGCCACUCCCCACUCUCCCUCUCCAUCGCUAGUGGGAAUGACCUGAUUGUGAAGGAGCUCCUGUCCCAGGGAGCUGACCCCAACCUGCCCCUGACCAGAGGCUUGGGCAGUGCCCUGUGUGUCGUGUGUGACCUGGCCUAUGAGCAUCAGAGGAGCGUUGACAACAAGAUAGCCCUGAUUGACCUGCUCAUUAGCCACGGGGCUGACAUCCUGAAGCCUGUGACGCUCACACAGGGUGACAGGGUGGCCGUGGGCACAGCGGUGGACUACGGCUACUUCAAGUUCUACCAGGACCGGAAGAUCGCCCACUGCCCCUUCCACGCGCUGAUGCCCGCAGAGAGGGAGACGUUUCUGGCCCGGAAGAAGCUGCUGGAGCACAUGGGUGUGCAGCUGCGGCAGGCCGUGCUCACCAGGGAGCAGCAGUGGGACACCAGGGCUCUGCAGCUCAGCAGGAAAGGUGAGCUGGCCCCCAGCCACAGGCUGAAGAAGAGGAACUCCAUUGUGGCGAAGAUCCCAGCCAAGGAGGAGCAGGAGAACCUCCCCUUCUUCAAGUUCUGCUACCAGUGUGGCCGCUCCGUCGGGGUCCGCCUCACACCCUGCACCCGCUGCUAUGGGAUCCUGACCUGCAGCAAGUACUGCAAGGCCAGAGCCUGGACCGAGUUCCACAGGAAGGACUGCAGUGACAUUACGGCCACAGUGAGGACAUACUCACCCCCAAUCACAGAGCAGCCGAAGAGGGUGAUGUUUCCAAAGGCCCAGACCCUGACACCGCCCGGCCGGAUGAAAUACAGCAGUCCUGUCUGCAAACACCAGUGAGCCUCGGCUGCCCACGGUCUGCGCAGGCUCCGCUCAGCCCCGAGGCUGCUUCUCCUGCUGCCAGGAG